CAAUUUACCAGCAUAAAGCUGGUCUGAUUAUUCUAUUUCCAUAGAUCUAUAUUUACUUGAGUGGCUUGAGUUGACAGCAUUUAUACGCAUUCAUUCCUCACAUUCCACCUGACUAUUCCCCUUAGCACUCUCAUUCGAGACAACUUCACCUCGUUAGACGCUUUCAUAUUUUGAUUAAAAUGUCAUGAACCAAAAAAGCCCUUAAGGUUGUUCCUGAAUUUUGAUCAUAUAUAUAUCCACUCCUCGUCAUUUGUCACCCCCAGCUGAUGGAAAGAACGAACCAAAAGCUUCUCCAUUAAUUUCACAUGACACUAGUCUAGCAGCCCCUAUUAUUUCUCUUUAAGGUGCCAACCUCCAAUCUAUGAAAGCAGAGGAUCCGCAUCAAGAGAUCCGCAUCAAACUUAUUACGAUUCAUUAACACAUACAAGAAGAAGUCGGAAUCUGUUAAUCUUAAGGUUUUCUACUUUUCCAGAAAUCAUCCAACUCUUAUCACAACAAGUCGAUUUUUCCAUCUACCAUUCUAGGAACAUUCCAUACCCAACCUCCAAAUUUCAAUCUCGCGUACCCGAAGAUCUCAAUUACGGGGUACAUUUUAAGCUACAGCCCUAUAUCCAGAUAGCUCGAGAUACUUUAACUUCACCAUCAAUCAUGUCCGACGCCGAACUCGAUAGUCAAUAUGUGCCAACUGGCAGGCCACAAUCUCAAAUGGCACGAUCGUUCGCUCUCGCAUUGGAUGAUUUGUUCAAGCUUGACAGCAGCGAGGACCUCGACGCUAUAGUUUCUGAGAAGAAGAAUGAAAUAUCUACAAAAACAUCCGAACUCGAAGAACUCGAAGCCAGACUUAAAGCGACCGAGGAAAGACUAAAGGCCAAACAAGCAGCAGCAAGCCCCGGAAGCUUCUCACCAGGGAAAUCAGUUUCUCAACAACAGUCUACAGACGGUCCUAUAAGCCCUUUAGAACCAAAAUUUGAAAACAACAUCGCAUCGCGGGGUGCUGGAAUAAGCGGGGGGAGUCUCGCAUCCAGGCCAGCUGCCCCAAAGCCAGAACAAUCAUACACAACAGCUCUGGCAUCACAUAUCCCAGGUGCUCUACCACCUACCCCAGGUGCUAGCGAAGGUGAAUACGAACUCGUUGAUGGGGACAGGACCAGUGCUGACUAUGUAAUUGUUACAAAAGAUGGAGAUGUUCCACCGGCAGGCACCGAAUGAAUACUAUCAGUAUUGUUACACAACAUCACAUAUUUAACCCCCUUUGGGUCGUCGUACCAUUGCCGUUAUUGCUACAGCCGCAUUCGUUAUUCUCCGACUGGUGGAUCAUUCAAUUGUAUGACCACAUCGUUACAUUCCUGGCGUUACUUCCGGUUUUUGAACUCGGCUUCGACUACAUUCCCAUCUCUGAUUUUGGAAUACGAACGAUGGAUAGCAAGAGAGGGAUUUGCGGGUUUUGCUUUGUAUAUACCAUGGACAAUUCCUAUAGAUAGGAGGAUUUCUAAGCUUGGGAUUAAUCGAUUUAUAAUUCACACGAAGGAUUGUUGUGUCAAAAAAUUGCUUGUCCACAUGGUUCUGUUCGAGUUUUAUUUCG